GGCUUUUUCAGCAUGGGAUGCACUUCCAGCACAGAGCUUCCCACUGGUGCGGGUUUGAGGUCACUGAACAUGCGCGACGCGGCGGAAAUCAGGUACAAGGAUGAAGAUGGGAACAUUUACAACGAGUUUGAGAUUGAGGUCCAAGAGCGUCGCCCCAGCUUCCAUUCCAUGGACUUCGUGCCCCGGUCGCGGAAGGAGGCCGCCACCUUGCCGCCCAUUGGCUCGACACACCGACGGCAUGUCGCCAAGUUUGGCAAAUUCCUGGAGACCCUUGAGCACCAGGAGCUGCACCGCUUGGUGCUCCAGAAGCGGCGCGAUCACCUGGUGCGCAGCUUGAAGCUGAAGAACAUUUUGGAACGCAUCAACAUCAGGCGUUGGAUUGGCCAAAAGGCCAUCAUCAAAGUGGAGUGGCUGACCAGUUGUCGACCAUGGAAGGAAUGGUUUGACCAUCAUCUUCCUGUGACCUUCCGGGGCGGGAUGAAAGUGGAUGAAAGCGCCCAUCAUUGCUACUUGUUUAUGCUGAGGAAAGAUUGCCCGCGCAACCUGGUGAUCAAGUGCGACAACCAGACUGGUACGCAUUUGGAACCCCAUGAGCUGGAUGUUAUUGUGACGGUAAAGACGAAUGCUGCUGACGACUUUCUGUGCCAGGAAGCCAUUUUGGCCAUGCCCUACCAGUUCAUGGAGCCUAUCGCGAACAGCGCGCCCACCGCACCUCGGAAUCUCAAAAGGGUACAACCUGCAAAGGCAAAGAAGUACCUCGAGUUCGCUCAAGUGCUGUUGCGUCGUUUCCCUUCCGACACAAGCGGACGGGCAAUUCAAUUUUUUGUUGAUUUGGUGAAGUGCACUGAUCCUGGGCCAUUGUUCCCUUUGCCAUUUUACACAACGGCUGGGGCCGUUGAGAGGAUUGAAAUUAGUAGGCCCACUGCACUUGGCAGAAUUGUCCCAGCAAUGGUAUUCCAAGCAAGGAUUGGCCGGUGA